UCUUUUUUUGUCUCUUCAAGAAUGGCAAGCGUGAUCAAAUAUAAUACGGUUGAACAAACCGCCAAUGAAAUGCCUAAUGGCUCUGAACACGAACAGCAUUUGAAGGAGAAAAAUAUGCACGAUAUUAAAGAAAUUCAAAAAAAGAACAAUGUAAAGCCUGACCAAGAAGAAGAGCAUCAAAAAAAGGAAAUUGAAGAAAAGCCAGGAAACGAACUCGAUACUUCCGGCAAUGUACACCCAAAACAAGAGCCAGUUUCGAAUGAAGAUGACGAAUUGAAUCAAGGCGUGUUGCCUAAGCAAAGCAGCGACCCCAAUACAAAAGUUUGGACAAAUGAUCCCACCGCUCCUAAUGGCGCACAGCAGAGUAUCAGUAAUUACCAAGACAAUCGCAAUGUAGGCAAAAAUAAUAGUGUCAGCAGUAACCAUCGUCCACAUCGCCGUCAUAGUACAUCUUCUAGUUUGAAAGCCGGACGUCGUCCUCAUCAACAACACCGAUUGGGUAGUCAGCCUUCGCUUCUUAACCAAACAUUUGAGUCUACUUUUGCUGAUCUCAAGACAAUCUUCAACCCAACUGAUCCAGAUAUUGACAACGAAAGGCCUAAAAUCAAGAAUCCUAUGCCAUUAAAUCCAGUACCACCAGAUGAUUUAAUUUAUGGUCUUCAACUUCAGGCCAUCAAGUACAUUAUCGUUGCUUGCGUUGUAUGCUAUUUGUUAGGCCGUCUCCGAUUUGGCUAUAUUAUUGGUACAAUUAUCAUUGGUCUUUGUGCUUGGUCCUAUUGGAAUCUGGGACAAACAACAGCAGAAGGCCUUGAAUGGCAACUAGAAAAAAUGGAAAGCAUGAAAACGCUCUACACUUCUGAAGGCGAAUCAGUUGAGUGGCUUAAUUACAUGUUGGAAAAGCUUUGGCGUUCGAUUGAUCCCGAAAUUUUUACUGACAUCGAAGACCUUUUAGAAGACACUCUGCAGAGUGUUGCUCCCAGUUUUAUUCAAGCUAUUAAGGUUUCCGAUCUUGACAUUGGUGUUCAAGCUCCUCGUAUUCAAAUGAUUCGAGUAUUUCCUCCAUUGCCUGGUCAGCCUGAAGAGAGUAUCUUUGGUGAGGCCUCUUUUAGUUUUCAUGCACAUCCAGUUGCUUCCUUAGUUGCUAAUCGUGGUAAAACAUCGACCCCACCUGGUUUGUCUAUUCGCUUCCAAACAGCCCUAAAGGCUCCUUUGGAUGUAAAGGGCGAAUUGACUGCAUUAUCAGGGAAGAUUCGGUUCAAGCUAUUAACUUGUCCUGAAAUGCCAUUCAUUUCAAAGGCAACCAUUGCUUUUACGAGUGUGCCCAAAAUUGAGACAGCUGUCAUGCCAUUAUCAAAGCAUUUGAAUAUUAUGGGCCUUCCAACAAUCAAAACCCUUGUCAAUGAAGGUGUGAAACUUGGUUUUGCAGACCUUGUUGAUCCCAAGAGCAUGACCAUCGAUGUUAAGGCAUUGCUCGGUGCUCUUGCUCAAGAUACAAAUGCAAUUGGUGUCAUCGUAGCUGAAAUUAGAGGAGCAACAAGAGACGCUUCCAUGCAACUCCAAGACAUGGAAGACUCUUACGCUACUUUGUCUUUGAGUACUCAGCCUAAGAAGACAUCUUCUAGCACUCGUGUAUUGACAAACGACAAGGAUCCUCGAUGGAACGAGAACUUAUACGUCCUGGUAUCUAAAGAUGAUGUUCUCUCUGAGACUAAAGUUGAAAUAAAAGUCUGGGAUGCUGAUAAAGUCAAGUUUGAUGACAUGUGGGGCUCUGUUUCUAUGUCUGUCAAAGAUGUUGUACAAGCUAGAUUGGAUAAACUUGGUAAUGUUGCCAGUUGGUGUCAAGAUGAACGUGUUGUGUUUGAUGGAUGGGCACCUAUUGAUGGUAAGGCUGAAGCUAAUUCCAAGGUCAAGCUCAACUUCAAGUUGAGUUUCCAUCCUAAAUAUCCUACUCCCAACAUGGAAAUAUUCUCUAGCAACACUAUGGACAAACAAAAGAAGUCUGAACCUGUAAAGAAGAAGGAAGAAAAGGAAAAAGAUGUCAUACUGGAAGCGCCUGUUGAUCCCUCUCAUACUAAUGGUAUUCUAUUUGUUCAGAUUCAUCAAGCUGUUGAUUUGGAAGUGGGUGAUCCCGAGGUGCUUCCUACUUCAGAAGAAUUCAAGCAUCCUUACAGUACCCAAAAGACUGUCAGUUCUUAUGCUGUACUUUAUGUAAACGAUAAUAAGGUUUAUCAGACACGCACCAAGAUCAAGAAUCCAAGUCCUCAUUGGAACGCAAUUACUGAACAAUUUAUAAGAGACUUUGAGCAUACCAGUGUUCGUAUUUCUGUCAAGGAUUCUGUUGAUCUUGAACGAGACCCUGUAUUAGGUACCAAGCGCUUGUCUCUUAAAGAACUUUUUGUUGAUCAAGAUGAUAAAUUUAAGGAAAUUCAAAGAUGGAUUCCUCUUGCUAAUGGUAUUGGCUUUGGCAAAAUCUUGGUCUCAUUUAAAUACAAGCCCACCAAGUUGUAUUUACCUCGUGAACUUCAAGGCUGUGAUGUUGGUACACUUGUUGUUGAGCGCGUAAUCUUGGAUAAAUUAAACGACCCCUUUGAUAUGAGCUAUAUCAAAUCUACCAAGGCUACUUUGGCACUUAAUAUUGAUCCUAGUAUUCUUAAACGUCUUAAGGCGCGCAACAUUGCUCAAGAAAAUCAAAAUGAACAAGGAAAAGACAUUGGUCGAUAUGGCUGGCAUCAAGAGCAACUCUUCUUCCCACUAAUGAUGCGUUAUCGUACAGCCAUCUAUAUACAUAUUAAUCAAGGCAACGUUACAAGUACUAAGGCUACAGGUCGAUUCUGGCUCAAAAACAUGCCUGAUCAUGAGUGGCAGCAUAUUCAAGUAGGCCUCCAUCACCAUAUAAAUGAUCAUUCUAAAGAAGCCAACCGUAAUGAAGAUUCCUGGCCAGAGGAAGGUGACUUUGGACACGUGAUACUCCGUAUGAAGAUUGUUCCAGGCUUCUCCCCUGUCCAUACUCACUUGAGAUCAUUCACAAAGGACUUUGUUGGUUCUGACCCAUUCUAUGACGAGACAUUGAAAUACAAAGCUAAGAAGUGGAUUAAGGCUCAAAACGAAAAGAACGAUAGCGAUGAAGGCGAAAGAGAAGAAGAUACCUUGGAUCAUGAUAUGCAAUCUGCGGUAGAGACGGAAAAGAAUAAAGCCAUGGAUGAAGAAGACUUUGAUGGUCGUAAGAGACGACCUUCCAGUCUUUCUUCGGAAUAUGGCGAAGAUCCUGACGAUGAAUUAGAUACAGAUGAUGAAGGCCUUCAGGCCAACAUGGUGGAUGAAAAGAAGAAGAAAAAGAUAAGCAAGCAUCGUGUGGUCCGCAAAGUAGCUUGGGGUCUUGAUCAAGUAAAGCAUAAGGUUGACAUUAUCCGGGAAGGCUUUAAUUCAGAAACCAGGGCCAAUCGCACUGUGGCUAAAGAAAUCUAA